UUAACUUUUUAUGCACCUGGGUUAAAUUUUAUGCAAAAUACACCUAAAGUUAAGAAUAAAAUAGAUGUAAAUAUUCUCUGUGAACAAUUCAAAGAUGAACUAUUGAAAGGUUCCUAAAUUUUGUGGAGUGACUUUAUUUUUUGGAUUCAGUUAAAAUGUUGGAAAACUGCUUUUCGGUGAAAGGUCGUGCAUACCUCGUCCAACUUGAUCACACAGGCCUUUCGUGGCACCUUGCUGACUCAACUCUAGAUGUAUAUCACGUGCCGGCACACCAGUUGCUGAGCUGCUGGAACUGCGUCAAGGGGUGUGUGGAUUGCUGCCCUUCUCUAGCGGAUGUCUUUCAUCCGACUUCGAAUGAGAGCAAAACUUAUUCCGAACCGUCAACAACUGACUUGCUCAACAACCAUGAACAACACCCCACUGUUACUUCAUACGCUGCGGUCUCAGCCACAGAUGUGGAUGUAUUCGUUACUAAAAACGGCCACGCCAUCACAAACGCAUCUCCUAAACAAAUUUUUCCAAAAAGUGGGCAGAUAGGGCCUAUUCCUAGCCCCAAAACUUCGAUCGCCUUCGAAGAAAAUGCCCCUGACCUUUCAUCUAAGCGUCCUCGACUGCGAGCUCAAAUAAAGAACUUGUCUUUGAUAUCGUGUAAGCAUUCUAAAAAAGACAAACAUGCGCUAGCUAUCGAAAUAUGUGAACGUGUGCUGCCGUCUUCUAGUAUUCGGUGCGGCUCUGGCAGUGCGAGUGAAGUCGUACGAGAUUGGCAAACCCGGGUAAUUGUCUUCAAUCACGACUACAGAGAUGUUGUCUUGACCUGGUACAGAGCGCUGUGGAAAAUUAUAUUGGAUGUACCGAAACGUCCUUGUCGCUUGGUGGCAAUCGUAAACCCGUUUGGGGGUAAGAAAACAGGCGCCGACAUCUACGCGAGACGCGUAGCCCCUUUACUACGACGUGCAGCCAUCGCCGUAACUGUGGCCAUGACAACUCACCUUGGUCAUGCUGAAUCACUCGCUGAAGAAGCAGCCAACACACCAGAUGUAGACGGGGUGGUGGUCGUGAGCGGGGACGGGGUGGUCGCCGAGGUGGCCUUGGGCUUGUUCAAAUACGCCACCCACAAGCACGGUGGCAACCUUGAUGACAUGUCUGCUACCGUCCCCAAGUCGACUAUCCGUAUCGGAUUCAUUGCCGGAGGCUCCACCAAUGCCUAUGCGUUCGCUUUAAACGGCAGCGACUGCCCAACUACGUCCACUUUGCAAAUUAUUAUGGGCGCUGAGCGGUUUGUUGAUAUCGCCGGGGUGUACUCCGAGAAUCGCUUGCUUCAUCUUAGCGUAACUGCAAUACAUUUAGGCUUCGUGAGUCGCACAAUGGAAAAUAGCAUUAAACUCCGAGCUCUCGGCCCCAUCAGAGACGUCAUUAGUGGGACCAAAGAGUUAAUUCUCAACAGGUCUGACUCGUACAGCUUUCGUUUUCUUGGGAACGCCAAUCAAGAGUCUUCUCCAUACGAUGAGGAUUUUUGUCAUGCUGGUUGUGUUACUUGCAAUUCCGACAGCCCCGACCAAGCCGCCUCCGCUUGGAUUGAGACACAAGGCGAUUAUCACAGUGUAACGGCAGCACUCAACACACUUGAGUGCCGUUACUGUAAGUACGGACUCUCACCAGCGUGUCAUAUCGGCGAUGGUACAGCUGACCUACUGCUCAAUUACAAAGCCCCUCUCAUUACCGUUCUCAAGCGCUUCGUCACGAUGUCAAGCUUUAAGGAUCAUCUAAGGCGGAACAAGGUUGAUGCGUUUCGUAGCAGUGAAAUUCAUUUCAAAAUGGAUGCAUUGACUCCAAUCAACUGCGACGGCGAGCUACGACACAGCGCAGAGUUUAUCAUGAAAGUUCACCGCCAACGCUUGGGGGUCUUCAGCUGGGGCCGGGAACCCGUCAGUUCUAUAGAUUUAUCCAGAGUUUCCAACAAGUUUAUUUAUUAAUAUGAUUCAAUUUUAUUGUACUUUAGAAAUAUAUUUUUGAAUACACAUAUGAACAAAU